CGGUCAUGGCGUGAGGUAUGACGGUGAUGAGGAGCCGUUGGUUUCUCAUCUUCAUGCCCAUGUCAGGAUCCUGCAUGGCUAUGAUCACCUUCUCCAUCUGUAAAGAGAAUCAUCAUUCAGUGUGCUUCCACAGUCAGGGCUAAUGGGGGACAUCCGUCAGUCGUUGUUGCCUCGGGAUGUGCUGAGUGCAGCCAAGGAGCUGUUGUACCACCUGGACAUCUACAUCUGCAACAUGGUGCAGUCUGGGAGGCAGCCUCCUCAGGUCGACUCCAAAACAUUGGAGUUAGUGGAGGAGUUCAUUCUGCAUGCACCGAAAGACAGAAACACCCCCGGCAAGAGAAUGAGUGCUCUCCAAGAGCUUCAGCUUCUGGAAAUCAUGUGUAGCUGCUUCCAGGAGCAGAGUCGCGACAGCGUCCGUCUGCUCAUGUUCUCCGCACUCUUCAGCCUCCAGGGCAACCAGGCAGAUGAAAACCGCAUGAUGUUGUUGGGCAAGUUGGUCUCCAUGGCUGUGGCUGUGGGCAGAAUUCCCAUCUUGGAAUGUGCUGCAACCUGGCUACAGAGAACGCACCGUGUCUUCUGCGUACGUCUGGCGCAGGUGCUGGUGGAUGACUACUGCAGUAUGGUGCCAGGCUCAAUCCCCACACUGCAAAAUAUCAACGUUGCGAGUCCACGAUUUUGCUGCCAGUUCAUCACAGCUGUCACCACUCUGUAUGACUACACAUCAGGUACUUUUGCUUUAGCUCUGGCCAACGGAGCCCUCCUCUGCUCAAGGGAGGACUUACGAGCCAUCUGCUCCCGUCUCCCUCACAACAAUUUGCUGCAGUUGGUCUUGUCUGGUCCUGUGAUGUACUACAACAACAUCCACACUCCUCCGCUGGCCUUCAGUCCACAUGCAGGUCAUUCACCCAUCUCCUCACACCCACCUCACCCUGCGCUUCCUACACAUACUGCACACCCUGCACACAAUCCGCACACACCCAUGUCCACACACCCUGCUUCUCAAAUACAGUACCCCGGUCAGCCUUUCAUGGCGGGUAUGCCCUUUCCUUUUCGACCGAGUCACUAAAAGAAAACCUUUGUGCGUGAUUGAUAUUCGUCAGUGAAGUUGUUCUUUUUUUUGUGCGUGAAUGAUUUAAGAAGUGAAGUUUUGAAAUUGUCUUCGUAUUACGUUGGUCAUGGGUAAAGUUGUAGAGUUCGUAAUGUGUUUUCAAUAAAUAUUUUUCUACUUCACACAUGGUUAGCUACUCCAUCCGACCACUGGAGGUCGUUGUUGUCACAGACCUGCACGUUGAAGACUUUUGAAUUUUAGUCUGUAAAGCAGGGGUGUCAAACUCAUAUUAUUUAAAGAUAGAUUUUAAAAAAUAUAAUGAUACUUCAAUACUCAGCACCUCGCUUCCGCUGUGUAGUAACCGGUGGUACUGGCUGACCAGUCCUUGGAUUGGUCUUGGAUUUAGACACAGAUAUGACUACUCCAUAACAGACUAAUACACUUUAAAAAAAACUCUGCUGCAUGGACCUUACUUUGCAUUUUAAUCUCCCCCGGGCCACACAAAACAGAUUGGCGGGCCGCAUUUGGGCCCCGGGCCUUGAGUUUGACACGUGCUUUGAAGCAUCAUUUUGGCAUUAGAUUUAGUUUCUCCUUUGUUGCCAACAUAUUAUACAAUAUUCAAAAAAAAAAAUUAGUAGAUAAAUUUAAAAUGCCUUAUAAUUCGAAAAACUAAAAGCUAAAAGAAAAACGUUUUCCCAUCACUUUAAAACCUGUGCGUGUUUCGUAAUCAGAAAGGGGUCAUGAGUUCUUGGAGACCAAGCCCUGGGUGUCUGAACUGAGUUGUGUUUUGAAAGAGAUAAUGUAUCGUUCCUGUGCAGCACAGUUAAAAAAAAAACCACACACACACACACACACUUAAGUAAUGUUACUGGGGGACCUCGUCUGCACUCACCCAACACUAUUAUUGCAUCAUACACUGCGGCUAAGGCCAAUCUUGUACAAAGUCCCCGCGUUGCCCUCAAUUUCCUCACAGACUUCCUUAUUCUGUUUAACCUGUUCGUGCUCCGCUUGAUUGAAACUACUUCCUCCAUUUUUCUUUCACAAAGGCCUUUUUUUUUUUUUUUGGUUUUUACACCUGUUACUUCUUGCGUCACUAGUGCGGACACGCUAUAUGUCCCCAGAUCAUUGCGCUCUAAAUAGAGAAGUGUCUACAGUUCCGCAGCAACGUCUGGUCUCAAUAACUAACAAUGCUGAUUCUUCUCAAAUUCUUUUGUAAAGGGGCUUCUCCACGUACACCCUCUGGGUGCGACAGAGAUUAGGAGUGUCUUAUCUUUCCAAGUGAUACUUGUGUGUUACUCCGAAGGAAAGUGAUGACUGAGAGACAAAGAAACAGAAAAAUGUAAAAAAAAAA